GGUGGGCGGCGGGGUACUUCUGGCGUUUUCGGAAAUAUAUAUUCUGCUCCGACGCCGAAAGUCUCCAGACUGUUGCUUGCCGUACUUCACCAUGGUGCACCAUCUGCCAGUGACCGACAAGGUCCUUGAAUACAGGGCGCCGUACCCGCUCGUGGAGCAUGUUGAGCCGGCCAAAGAUCGUGCUUCUUGUGCCGAUCCCGAGAAGAAAUCGCUUCUGAGUGCUGCGACAAAAGUCCGCCACUUGACGCCAUGGAUUGGAACGGAAUUGGUAGGAGUCCAGCUCAACAGGUUGACUGCGGAGCAAAGGGAUGAGCUGGCACUGCUCGCCGCAGAGCGCUGCGUGGUCUUCUUCCGAGAUCAAGACAUCACAGUCGAAGAGCAGUACGAGCUGACGAAACAUUACGGCAUUCAAGACCGCGACCCAAAUCAGCAAGAUCCCCGACAUGUCACCAUCAUUGGCCGCGAUUACGACAUCCGCGAAUACGCAUCGUACGGAGCGGACUACCACGCAGACCACUCCUUCGAGAUCAAUCCGCCCGCGUAUACCAUGCUGAACAUGCUCAAGACUCCGGACUUUGGAGGAGACACGAUCUUCACCUCUCAGACGGCGCUGUACGAGAAGCUCAGUCCGACAUUUCAAAAACUGUUUGACGGACUGCACGCUGUCCACAGCUCAGAAGCUGGCUACAUUAAUACUCUGGCCAACGGCGGUGCCCCCUUCCGUGGUCCCGUCAGAAGAUCUCACCCGCUGGUCCGCACACAUCCAGUGACGAAACUCAAGUCGCUCUUUUACAAUCCAUCUUUCGUGAUCCAUCUCGAAGAGCUCAAAGGGCAAGAAGCCAUCCACACCUUGAACUUCUUACGAGAACACCUUCACGCCGCCGACGAUCUGACAGUCCGGUGGAAGUGGGAGCCUGGAAGUGUAGCGUUUUGGGAUAACCGUGUUGUUGCCCAUCGCGCCAUUCCCGGUGGAUAUGAGACCUCUCAGCGUGAGGGCAAGCGGACGGCAGUCUUUGGCGAACGUCCGUACUACUCGCCGGACAGUCUGAGUCUUUCGGAAUACAGGGCGAAGAAUGGGACGGCUCCAGCACCAGCUGUCAACGGACCUCCGGUUUUGAAUGGACAGGUCAAAAGAGAGGCAGAAAAUCUGUAGACUACAAUACCUUAAGCAGGUUGAUAGAAUUAUUGUUUGCAUCGUGAUGAAGGAUCGUUCAACACUUCGUGCGGGGUACUGCCGU